GUCCGAGGCCGGGCUGGGGACGCGGCUCCACAGUGCUGUGAGCGGCCUGGAGGAUUUACCGCCGCCGCCGCCGCUGGUGCACCUCCCGCCCGCCCGGGACGCUGCCGCCUCCUUCCCACAAUGCACUCUGGCGCCCGGGGGUGCCCUCUCUUCCCUCAACCUUCCUCCCCCGCCCCUCCUUUCCGCCGCCGUCUCCGCAGCGGGCACGCGCAAGGAAGCGCGCCUGCGGGGUGUGGCGAAGCAAAGGAGGGGCCUGGCGCGGACGGCUGCAGUGCGCCUGCGCACAACUUCCCCCGCGAGAGGGAGGGAGUUGCGCACGCGCGCCUGGCUCCGAGUCCUCUAAAGCAGGCGAACCUGAGAUUUCCGCGGUGGGUUUGCCCUGCGCUGAGUAGUGCAGAUCUGGGGCGAGCUUGCGCGUCCCGCCACCGUUUUUGCAGCUCUUCUUGUUUAGUAUGGUUGCCACCACCUGGGCUUGUAUUGCAGAAAUCGCCACAGACACCGAAGGGCCGCGGAAUCGGGACGACAUUGGUGACUGGCGAACUCCCGGCCAUUUGCGUGCACCGGGUGGAGAUUUAAUUUUUCCCAGCUCUUGCAGUUACUCGUUGACCUCGUUAGCUUGCCGAACGUGGCUCCCUAGCCCCCACUGGAAGCUGUGGGGCGCGAAAACUCUGUAAAGCAGUUACUGCUUCCUCGCGAGGCGUGCAGAGGAGCGAGAAUAUGGUUACCCCUGCAGCCCUAUAGAGAUCCCUCUGACUUCCCCUCACAAUCGUGCCUCGUGAACGUCCCUGUGUUGCUUCGUGCCAACAUGAGUGAUCGCUAUUUGGAACAAAGGAUUAGUAUAAAAUUUUGCGUGAAAUUGGACAAGUCCGCAAGUGAGACCCACCAUCUUCUCAAAGAAGCUUAUGGGGACGAAGUCAUGUCAAGGGCCCGCAUUUUUGACUGGCACAAAAGAUUUAAGGAAGGGCGGGAAGAUGUUCGAGACGACGCCCGGAGUGGCCGCCCAGUCACGCACCGGACCGAAGAAAACAUCCGGAAAGUCAAGGACCUGGUUCAUUCAAACCGGCAGUUAACCGUGAGGAUGAUGGCGGAGGAGUUGCAUUUAGAUAAGGAAACCGUUAGGCUCAUUUUGAAAGAGAACUUGAACAUGAGGAAGGUUUCUGGGAAAGUAACGGGUGUUUUGAAGGAUGCCCCGAAACCUCGAACACUUGACUUUCGGGCUGCUUUUCCAAAGGAAACUAAAAACAGCUCAUGUGUGAGGAAGGGGGUAGUACGUUGUGAAGCACGGGGUCCUCUGCCGGCAUACUGGCCAAGGAUCCGUUCCCCCGCCAGCCGGCUUCUGCAGGCUUCGUCUCAACAAGGCUGCCCACCAGGGCGGCUCAGGCGUGUUCACACCCACACCGUGGUGAAGGGAAGCUGCCUCCUGUCUUCAUCGGGCACCCUGUCCCCUCCGCUCCUCCUCCCUGCGUGGCUUCCUCUGCCGCUUACUCUUGGCUCCCUGGUGGGACUCUCUCCCUUGCUGCUCUCCACAACUUGCAAGAAUGUUUGGCUGCUGACUCCCAGGACUUGCUGAUGGCGGAAUUCUUUGGCUUAACAAGAGUUUGGAUCUCCCUGCCCAGACCUUGGAUUGUUUGUGAUGAUCCUGUUCCUUUGUACUCAACAGUCUGCCUCAGGGAAUCAUGCCCGUGAGAAGUGGGAACAGCAUCUCCCCGGAGUCUGCCCCUCUGUGCCCAGGGAGGCAUGCUUUUCUGGGAAGAUCCCACAAGAAGGCCUAUGGUUUCAGCCUGCUUCACAUUCAGGGCCCGAUGUACCGUGUACAAGCCACUGGCGUGCUGACAAAGUGAGUGCCUCUGGGUGUGAGGGCUGAUGGGGCCCAGAUGACUCAGUGGAGCCCCUCAGACCUCAAGGGUUGGCCACCAACCUGCCCCUCAGAAGGACUGCAUCUGUUUCAUCCUCGUUCUAUGCUUUGGAUCCUCACUCACUUGGGUAUUCCUUUUGCCAUAAGAGAAGAAUCUGGUUCCAGAAAAUACAAACCAGUGGCCCUAGGGCUGGGCUGUGAUGUGUAGGCAGGAAGACCAAGUGGCGCUCUACAGACUGUGAAUUAAGGGAGUCUGCUACCCACGUGCCAGUUCCCGCCCAGCAGCCUGCUUUUAGUAACUAAAGCCAAUAUUGCCAGGUGUAUUUUGAGCACCUGCUGUUUUUAGAACUGUGAAAUUAUGGUCAUCAGGGACUGUAAGGCCGGGCCAAGUGGUUUUUGUAGCAGAUCCAUGAGGAAGGGGGAGACAGGGUUAUGAAAUCUUCACAGCAGGUGGAACAGCGUGAGACUUUGAACCUGCAUCAGUAGAAAAUAAUGACUCCAUUAACUAAAAUAGCAAAGUGCCAAGGGGAAGAUAAUGGUGUUGCAGAAGAUGUGCAAUUGGGGAUAAUUUGCUGUUUCUCCAAGUCUGUGCCAGUGGUUUGCAAAUUGCUUCCUCUGAGGCUGUGAGUAGGUUAUUAACCCACUAACUUGAUUAUAUGAUUUUUCUGUGGAACCCAAGAAACUAUAAGUUCAAGCUCUUACCUCUUUCAUUUCUGCCUUCCUACCAGGAUUUAUAGAAAGGAACUUCUUCCAGGAACAAAUUAAGGAUAUCACAUUGCAUUUAAAAAGCCUGUCUCCUUAUUUUCCUCUGAUCCAUGGAGGUUUCUCAGUCUUUUCUUGUUUUAAAAGGCCUUGAAGGUUUUGAGGGAGAGAAGACAUCUACACCCAAGGAGCUGAUGGUUUAGUGGAGAAAAGGAGACACACACAAAUUAAUUCCAAGAUAAUGAAGGUGAUAAAUCAGGCUCUUCCAAGUGCAGAGGGAAAAAAUUAGCUCUGCCUGGGAGAGUUGAAAGCAGGUAAAAAGGGGUAGGGUCUUGCAGGGUGACUAGGAGUUCUCUGGGGUUUUGUGAAUUGUUAAGCACUAUGUGAGUUAGUCUUUGGCCUUGCCUCCUAGAAAGCUCUCCUUGCCUCUUUCCCAUGCUCCCCGAAGCCCAGGAGCCCUGGGACAGGAAGCGGCAGCAGUUACACGGUCACACUCCAGUGCUCCAGCAAGUGACCUGAGAUGCAGCCAGCUAAGGAGACCAUCCCGGACCAGAGGACGUAAAAUUAGCUGGGAGCAGGCCAGGGAGUGCUGGUGGGUAAACAGCUCCCCUUGCUUCACCAUCCCGGGGAAAGCUGGCUCUGCCUGCAGCCUCCACCCUGAGUUAUGGGGCCACCGCCGCCUGGGGGAUGGUAAAAACCGCGAACAAGCGCCACACAUCAGCCUACGAUUUACCCUGGCAGGAAACGGUGUGUCAGAUGUCCACACAGCCUCCAGACAGGGUGGAGUGGAGACGAGGGCCGGGAGUGAGGGGCCCAGGAAGGGGCCGAGGACUGUUCUGCUCCGAAAGAACAGAGAAGCCGAGUGGAAGGGACUUACACGCCAUCUGAUCUAAUGCUGCUGAUUCUUUUCCAACGCCCCCUCACAUCGUCAUCUGGCCCUGUCUUCAGGGUGGGGCUCAGAAGCCACCUCUCUGCUACCUCCUACUCCGAUGCCCCUGGCCUUGGCUCCAGGCUUUCAUCACUGUUUCACUUUAUGGAAAAAAAAAAAAAAAAAAGGAAUUCAGGACCCUCUGCAUGCCAGGCACUGUGCUUGUAAUAUGAGGUGUCUCCAAGAAAUUCAUAGAAAAUGUAUAUUUCAACAAAUUGGUGGAAAAACAGAAUUAAAAGAUAACUUUGUUUUGGUGGAAAAAUUUGAAAUCCAUGCCUAGUAUUUUCAUAAUGUACAUUUUUAAUAAGCAAAUAUAGGGCUGUAAAUGUCAAGAAGGAACCAGCUUUGGGGAAAGAACUCUGUACAAUGCGAGUAGCUGAUUCCAAGGUCCCAAGGGGUGACCUCUGCUUGCUGUGGAGAUGAAAGCAAGGAGCUGUGGCACUGCAUGGAUACCCUUCCUUCUUUGUCUCCAAGUGCAAUCUUCUCACGCGUCAGUAUUUUAGCCCAAGCAUUGCCUCUUGAAGCAAAUCCAACCUGAUUUCCCAGGUAGAAGUGACCACCAUCUCCUUUCCUCCCCACCAGCUCCAGUAGACGGGUGUCAGCACACCUGUAACCUUUGCCUUCUUACCCUGCUUCAUCGUCCCUGCUCCCCGAUACUCUCACUCUCACACCCACCACGGCAGGACUGAGCUUCCUAAUUUUUUGUAAUGCUUAUUUAUUUUUCAUCUAUUGGAAAGCCAAAGAAGGAGACAGAGAAAUCUUCCACCUACUGGUUCACUCCCCCCAGAAGACUCAACACCCAGGGCUGGGCCAGAUCAAAGGCAGGAGCUCAGAACUCCAUUCAAGCCCCCCAAAUGGGUGGCAGGGACCCAAGCACCUAAGCUGUCAUUCACUACCUCUCAGGAUGCAUGAGUGGGAGCUGAAUUGGAAGCAGACUAGCCAGGACUCGAACCCGCACUCCACUUGGCGGCUGGCUGAACCCUCUGCACUAAAACGCCUGCUCAACCAUGCCUCCUCCUCCAAAGAGCCUGGCACAGAGUCCGAUCGGUAAUUGUUUGCUCCAGGGUUCGAUGGGCUGUCACACAGCACUCUGUCAGAGUCUCACAGGGAUACAUAUUCAGUUGGCAACAUUCAUCAUUCAGCAUCAGGCCUUGUGCUGAGUGCUUUCUACCCUGCUAAGCCUCACAAGCCUGGCAAUCGCUACAUGUGUAUUAUUAUCCACUUUUUUUUUAAACACAAGGUUUUUUAUUUAUUUAUUUAUUUUUACAGGCAGAGUGGACAGAGAGAGAGAGAGACAGAGAGAAAGGUCUUCCUUUACCAUUGGUUCGCCCUCCAAUGGCUGCCGCGGCUGGCGCACUGCGGCCAGUGCACCGCGCUGAUCUGAAGGCAGGAGCCAGGUACUUCUCCUGGUCUCCCAUGGGGUGCAGGGCCCAAGGACUUGGGCCAUCCUCCACUGCACUCCCUGGCCACAGCAGAGAGCUGGCCUGGAAGAGGGGCAACCGGGACAGAAUCCGGGGCCCCGACCAGGACUAGAACCCGGUGUGCCAGCGCCACUAGGCGGAGGAUUAGCCUAGUGAGCCGUGGUAUAGUUAAAACUCAGAGAAUCAAAGUGACUGUCUGGAUCAGAGCUGAGGUUUGAACUGAAGUCCCUUGAAACCAAAUCCCAGUACUUCCAUCUUCGGUGUGAUGCCCCUGGUUGUGCACUCUUCAUCUGUGCACCUGUCCUCUCUUUGCUCCUAUCUAAUAACCAUGGCCCUGAGGGACAGGUCUGUACGUGACUCCAUUCUUAGUCCCUGUGACAGCAGAACAGCGCUUGGAUUCGGUACCCACUCCACACCUGUGUCUUAAAUCCCCAACGGGGCAGAAAAGAGAGAAGGAGCUGUGAAUGGAUGUUCAUGCCAAGGGAAUGAGCCCCGACAUCAGUUCACAGGACGUGAGGGCUGAUGGGAGAGAAGUGGCUGAGGGCAGGUGCCUUUCCAGGUACGGCGGGGCAUCCUGUCCAGGAGGAGAAGCCGGCUGGGGAAAGCCAAGGCCGCCAAGCACUCGGUUCUUAGAAAUCACACCUUGUGCUCGGCCGGCAGGCAGGCAGAGCGGAGGGGAACCUGAGUUGGGAAAUGAGGUUAGGUUUCGAUUCAGAUAGUUAUUUGUGUUUUCUGGGUCUGCACGGUCGAUAAAUUUUCAACGAGCAAUGAUUCUGUUCCUCAUCUUUCACUGCUUUAUGGGACUUCAGGGAGUGGAAGCAUAACAUCCUGCUUUCCCAUAAGGUCUCUGGCCGCUACCCUGGCACCAAUUAAAGAUAGGUCUAUGCAAUUAAUCAAAACCAAUUUGGAACUCUCUGGCGCUGCUCCUCUGAUGUGCUGCCUGCUCCACACACAGUAGUUCCUCAGCGGCAGCGCUGGAGCCAGGCACAGAGGAGCUUUUGAUGAAGUGGCUGUGCCGGCCGCGAGUGUUAACUAUGUCAUCUGACAUGACUAAUGAGGCUCCGGACUUGAUCCGUGCGAGUGGAGCAGCCCCGCUGUCUGGAGGAGGCUCGGUUUCCGCAGCCAGCCUGGGAAGAGGCUGCAACGUGCAGGGUACACACUCCAUCAUGUCAGCUGCAGGCCUGGAGGCCUCUAGUGUUGGAGCUGGGAGGCGUCCAGGGACAGGGCGAUGGAAACUCGGCCAGGCUCUGUGUUGGGCGCCGGUGUGAAUGUGACCCAAUUUAAACUUCUAGCGCAGCCUCCUCAUCUUACAGGCAUGAAAAGCAAGACCCAUUGAAAGCGCAGGGUUUGCCAGGGACCUGAACUUUGGAGGAAAAAAAAAAAUGAGAAGGCAUGGUAUCUGCCGUUGAAGACCUUAACCCUUUUAGAAGUAGGUAAACAGGUCUGAAAGUAACAGCAGGGCCCGAGGCAAGUACACCCCCAUGGAGUAAACUUCCGUCCUUCCUUCCGCAAACCUUGGUUAAGGGAAAGCAAGCGGUGCCUGUGCUCUGGCCACCUCAGCAAUCCCAAGAGCAUAGAAUUUGGAGUCGACAGGCCCGGGUUUGAGUCCGAACCGUCCUUUGAGUUGAUGUAACCUGGAGCGAAUUGCUUCAGUUUUCUGAGCACCGCUUCUCUCCGCCAUGACACUGGAACAAGCCAAGUACUGCGGAGCCAGUCUGCUUGUUGGAGUCCUUGCGAGACUCCGUGGAGUUACUGGGUGGGAACACGUAAGGAAGAGGCCCUGCACGUGUUAGCUAUUAUUCAUAGUAUUGCCCCUGUAUGGAGCCCUGGCUGGUGUUUCUGGAAUAUAGACCCUCGGAUAGCUUUAACUCUCUUCCUUUUUUGAAAUGCACAGGAAAGAAAUGGACAUAAAACCAAUUGGUCAGCUGCCUAUAAUCUCAGCAGCUUUCCCGAAGAGCCCAUGAUAUAUAAAGAGAAAGAAUUCAGCCUUUGUAAUUUAAUGCCACUCCACAUGUUGACUGAGCGCCCACCACCAUGGGCCAGACGUUGGCCCUGCUGUGUGGGGAAUCGGAGCUGGAGGAGACGUAUACCUUGGUCACCUCAAGAAGUUCCCCAUUCAGUGGGAGAAACAGACACGGCCAUAAAUAACCCUACGGUACUGCAGAAAAAUACAAUUACCAUAGGAAAAAUACAAAUCAAGUGCUUUGGGAGCCCGAGGAGGGAAUGAUUCAUUCCCCAAAAGAAGACUGGGAAAAGGUUCCUCGAGGAAGUGGUAUUAAAGGCUGGGCAGGGUAUUAAAAGCUGCCCAUGUCCCCAUGGAAGGAAUGGCUUGGGCACACGCAUGUGAAGUCUGGAAAGGAAAGGGGGUCUGAAGGGCAGAAUAAGAGCGAAUGAGCUGUUGGGGUGUGGGCG